AUGGAUUGGAUACAUUGUAACAAUUGUUUUAUUCAAUUGGAACCCGGAAUAACUUUACACCUAACAUCAUGUGGUCAUAUGUUUUGCAACAAUUGCUUGAACAAUGGCGCAAAAGAAAAUACUUGUUUAGUAUGCAGGGCACCAUGCUCUAUGAUGAAAUUGGUACCUGACAUGAACUCAGACAUUCAAGACUAUUUUACCGACCCAGAGGAAAUAAUAAAAAAGAGUUGUGAAGUAAUACAAUUUCAACGACAGCACAGACGUAGACUUUUAUCGUAUUUAUUACAGUCGACGAAGAAGUUUUACGCAGCGCGUAACGAACUCAAGCGUGUGACGGAACUGUGCCAGAAACAACAUAAACAAAUGAAGGAAUACCAGAGGAUUAUAAAAAAACUACAGAGCCAACUCGAGAGCCAGUCUAAACAAUCAUCACCAUUCAGUGUGCCCAUAUCGCCAGGCAAUAUAUCUCCCGGUUUCAUACAAGCUACGCCCACGUAUAAGCGGCCUGCAAAAAGCACUCCGUAUAGCCAACCGUAUCAGUCGAACCUCGUGACCCCAACACGUAUAAGCAAACAACGAUCGAGUAAUUUUAGCUCCCAGAGUCAGAGGUCAAACACGUCUAAUAAGAUAUCGUCGACCGUGUUCACGCCGCCAACCCCCGAGUCGGUCGGGUGCAUUUUGACUCAAGGCAGCGAGUCCGGUUAUUCAUCCAACAGUCCUUGGACGAAAUCGCCGACGAUCAUAUUUUGCUCAAGAAAUAUCAAAAGUUGCUCUAAAAAAGACUUACCUCGUGUGUCCAAAAAGCUUGUAGUGCAGUCGUAA